UCACUUCAGUAGUUCAGCCCGUGGUUCAGUGUUCAGUGAGCAGCGAGCUGGUUUUUCGCGUCGAGUAGUGGGUCCAUUAUUCUAAUCCUCCCAGAUUCCGGUUGUGCCGCCGCGUACGGGUCCUCCGCAUAAAGUGUGAAACCUACUAGGUACCUAGCUACCCUGGUGGUGUGCCUGUUUUCCUCGAUUCCGGUGGUGUUGAUAUUUUCCAAUUAUCGCGACCGGUUUUCCGUUUUCCAUUUUGUCGAAUCGGAAAUAAGAGACGUUCGGUCGAUUUUCGUUUUCGGAACAGUAGUGCUGUGGCUGUAUUUUGUGGGAUCGUACGGCCGGCCAUUGUACAAUAUUUGAUUCACCCGAUAGUGGGAUAAAUAAAUAGAAGCGAUAAAAAUAUCCGAACGGAGAAGAAAGAAAAGGUGUCCAAAGAAGAAAUUACGGUGGAAGCUCUUUUGAAGAAGUGUGGAAAGUAGUGCAGCAGAGUGUAGCCUCCGGCAGAGUUUUGUUGUAUACACACAUCAACGCAUACAGCAGCUAUCAUCGACAGACGAAGAUUGACCGCUAGAGGAGCAGGAUUUAGCAAACAUUAGUGCUAGAUUUUUUUGGAGCUGCGCUAAUAGAAAUUUUACAGCUGGUGCUACUGAUCGGUCGGAUUUCAGAAGUACCGCAAAGGGAUUACGUCGUGUGUCGGAUGUCCGGUUGUGUUAUUUGGUUCUGCUGGCUCUAAGUGUCCCCAUAUAGUGUUCUCGAAUACGGUUCCGAGGAGCACCGAAAAGCGAAGAAAAUGUCCGUCAGCUGCAAAUGUAUGAAUAUCGUAGUGAAGCUGGACCAGCCGUCAGCGGGGUCGGAUUUGUCGGGACGGAGAUUCGAUCUGGAAGCUGUACUAAAGAAGCAACAACAGGACCGAGUCGCGGCGGCGGCAGCGGCCACAACAAAAACGACGACGACGACGACGACACCCAGUGACGACCAUUUUCUAUUUUUCAAAGAGGCCCUCGGUCCCAUCCGGUGCUCCAGCGUAGACGUCCGGUUCGACGGGCUGCUGCAGAAGGAACGCGUCUUGGACGAAUGGGAACUGAGCCGCUGUAGACACUGUGAUAGUUUUGUGUUUGCACGGCACGUGCUGGAUGAUGGCAAUGCCGAUGGAACCGUCUCUGCCAUGAUCACCUGCCUGAUCAAUCCGUCAUUGAUGACGAACGUCGAGCAGCUGAAUGCCCGCAUGACCGACGGCAACUACUCCCACGCGUUUGGUAUCGUGCUUAACGGAUCAAGCCUCAGCUACAGCGACUUGACCGGAAAGGGCAAGCUGCUCAGUAAAGUGAGUGAUAACCAAUUCGUACAGCGGUUCCGUGCCUACAUGGAGCAGGAAACGGAAGCCGCCAACGAGCGCAUUCAGCGCUUCACCGAACAGGAAUUUGCCGUCCUCAAGGUGAAACGGGAACGUGCCGAACAGGACUGCCUGAUUCUGGCCAAACUAGCGGCGGCGGCAGCAAACAACCAACAAGUACCUGAUGAGCUACUGCUGGUACGCAGCAACAGUACCAGCAUCAACAGUAGCAACAGCAACACCAGCGGUGGACUAAUGGGGUCUCAGCAAACCGUCGUCCCGCCUACUGUGACUCCACCGACGACCACCGCUCCUAGCAAUGCGACCAACGUGAACGACACGAGCGUCAACAGUCAACUGGAAACACCCCCACCCACACCGGAAUACAUGCCCAUGUCCACCGGUAAUAGUCCACCGAUGACAGGCACUGCAAACAGUGCCGGCAACACCCGGUCAUCCUCCUCAAUGGUUGAUCAAUCCUCGUAUUCGUCUCCUAACGCCACGAGGUUCAACGGCCAAACUCCCAACAGAGCGAACCUUAGUUACAACAAUGUCGAUAAUCAUCCUUAUCACAGCAGCAACAACAACAACAAUAAUAUCGUUAGUUUUAACAACUCCCGAGGUGCCAUGAGUAGACAACAACAACAACAACGACCAGUUGCUAUCUCGAUGCAACAACAUUCCAGUACAAAUUCGAUGACGGCGCUGCAACCGCAGCAGCAGCAGCAGCAGUAUCGCAUGACAUCCUACGAAACGGACUGCAUGUUCGACAUUGACGGCAUGGAGAACGACAACUCGCCGCUCUCGAAUGCGCUGUCGGACGAGGAGGAACUUGGAUUCGAUGAAUCCAUCAGCAAUAACAACGAGGAUGGUAUGUACAUACCAUCACGCCAGCUGGCCGGCAAGAAUGGGUCAAUCGCUAGAAGUCUUCCGAUCUCAAUGCCUCAGCUGAUGACGCAGUUCCGAACGAACGAGGAGGAUUUUGAGGAGAUGAACGAAGACAACGUGGACAUUGCCGCCAGUAUCAAGGCUCUGGCGAGGAGCGUCCACGGCGACACAGUGUUCGGAGAUCUGCCGCGGCCGCAGAUUCAGCGAUUCAGCACACAGAUCUAAACCACUCCUCCGCAUAGAUCUGCUACAACAAUAGAUAGGUCGUCGUAAGUGUGAAGCGUAUGGAUUUCUGCUACUCCCCAGUUGUUUUCCGUCGCGCACGGAAUCGAAACAAGCAAAGAAGUGUGUGGCAGGCGAAGCGAACAGUCAGACUUUGAUGUAUUAGGAUGUAAGGAAUCAGUUGCGAUUUUUUUUUGUUUCGUGUUUUUUUUUUUUUUAUUAAGGAUUACCUAUAUUGUAACAAAACAAACCAUACUACUACUAUCAUAUAUUACACAGCAGCCCCAGAUUUUAACCACGUUCGGUUGGUUACACGUAUAAAUGUAUGUUUCAUCUUUUAGGAAGAUAGUUUUUUAUUACUUAUUUGUAUCGUUGUAAGUCAUACUCAGCAUCAACGUCAGCGAAUUCGUUUAAAUUUGUAUCUGAUAGCAGCUCAUGCACGUUCGAUUUUUUAUACCGACUGUUUGUCACGCGACUCCUCAGUUAAUUUACAGACUAGACUUGGGAAAAUCAUAUAGUUAACAGUUGAAUUGUAGGAGCGAACUUUUCCCACGUUGGAUUGGAAUUUGUUUGAUUUCUUUUUGUAUUGCAAAGAUUUGGACUAGUUGGAAAGAUUUAUAGUUUCUUUUGCGCAGUUCGGCGUAAUUUUAAAUUUAUACCAUACAGUUGAACUGAGUAAGAUCAAAAUUGUUCUGUGUAUAAGCUUAGAACUGUUGUUCUUUUUCCAAACGCAAACUUCGAUGUAGUUGAACAGAGAAUAGGAAAAAAACGUCAAACUCCUGAUUGGCAUUCGAAUCCACAUGAGAAUCUUGAAACUAGACUGAAAAUAUGCGCUGAGAAUAACAUCGAGAGAGUAGGGUUCGUUUAUGUGUAUUGUGAAAGCGAGAUUUUAGAGCCAAGAGCUUUGAAUGGUGAUAAGAAAUACAAUAUUAAUCUCCACAAUAAGUUGAGCAAUUUGCUUAAGAAUUUUCUAUCUUUUUUAACCUGUUAAUAGAUAUGAGCAAUCUGACCUAUAUUUUCCCAUAAACUUUACCGGAUUGCCAGCGUAUAAGCUUAAAAUUGCCUGCUUUGUUAAAUUUGGUAAAGCAGUUAAUAACGAAUGGCCUUGUGAUUAGCAUGACAGUCAUGGUUGGAUAAUACAGUCAAAAGUGAAUGUUGCGAGAGGUAGCAGAUUUUGUCGUUACAAGUAGGGGAAAACCUUUUUCGAAAUCAAAGUGCUAGCACGAAAGAACCAAUACCCUCUUCGUUAGUGUCCUCCUUCAGUGACAAAUAUCGUUAAGAAAGUUAUCCUCUUCCCAUUACCGAAACUACCUCCUUUGAAUUUAUACCGCUGAACAUUGAAAAAUCCGCAAAGAUCAUCAAUAUUGACUCAAGUAUAAAGAAAAGGCAUUUGUAGGUGUUGCUUUUGUUCCAUUCUAUUAACGAGUCGUUGUUCGUACAGACAUAAUCGAUCAAGUAUAGCAAUAUAUCUGGCAAAAACAAAAACCGCUCAUUUAACAAUCAUAAGUCGACAACCGCUGUGUUAGUUAGUAUGAUCGUAAUCUUCCUAUCCUCUACUUAGACCACCCCAGCAACAAAAAACAACACUACCGAAAAUAUCAAAAGCAAAAUACAAAAAAAAAAGAAUCACAAAUAAACCAAUAUUCAAAUGCUAGAGAAAAGUUGUAAUUUACUGUAGUUCUAGUUGGAUAGUAGGCCGUAUACGGUGAAACGCCAUUUUGUCCACGAUCGCAAAAUGUUUAGGAUGGAAAGCGGUGAAGAGAAUUGUGUCUUUUUUGGAUGCGCGGAGUAAACGAUUCAAUUGUUCGAAGAAUUCAGCUGCAGUGCAAAACGAAGACCAAGAACGCAGCUGUGUAGAAUUAAACAUUGAAUGAAACGAAUAAUGAGAGCAAAUAAUAAAAACUAUCAUCAUCCAGCAGAAAACAUAUGGAAAAAUAA